AUGAAGAGGCUUUCUUUCUGUGGCGCCCUCGCCAUCGCGCAGCUGGUACUUCUCGUCAGCGUCGCUGGUGUCGUCAGUGGGCUGGCCGAGCAGCACUCGUACUACGAGGGCAACUACGGCACAUCUGGGCUGGUGUUCGGCAGUCCCGACAGCUCGCGCACCUCCUGGGACUACACAAACCUGAAGGAUUGGCCAAAGUUGUGCUUGACGGGGAGACGGCAGAGUCCGAUUUCCUUCGCGAAUGUGAACCCCAACGAGGUUGUGUCGAAUGCCCCGCUGGAGCGACUGCAGUUCUCCGCCAAGUGCGUCUUCCCACGUGAGGAGACGCAGAUGCGAAUCAUCAACGAGGGCAUCGUGAGCACAGUCAGCUUUGAGAAGCCGGGACGCUUGCCGGAUGGCAUGAGUGAGUGCAUGGUGAUCGACCCGCUGAACCACUCGCUCACCUACCACUUCACGGGCCUGCACUUUCACGCCAUGCCGGCGCACCAACUCCGUACGCUGCGCCCCGAUGUCGAAAUGCACAUGUCUUUCACCACAAAUCAUGUGGAAAAAAAGAAGCGUAAUGUACUCAUAGUGGCGGUGAUGCUGAAGGCCUCCACCACGAUCAACAGCACCUCAUCGCGCGCGCUGCAGCACAUCUUAGUGGACGGAUCGCUGCCGAAGCGCAACGCCAUGACGACGUGCUUCCUGACAGAGAACCUCUCCCUCCUCUCGCUGAUUCCGGCGCGCGAGAGCUACCUGCUCUAUGACGGCUCCCUGACGCACCCACCUUGCACCGAGAACGUCCGAUGGGUGGUGAUGACGUCGCCAGUUCUCAUCUCACCCGUGGCGGUCGGCAGGCUGCGCGACGCGAUGGAUGCGCUGCUGCCGAACGGCUUCCACCGCUUCGGCAACGCCCGUCCGCCGCAGGCCCUCAACGGUCGCCUCAUUUUCCGCUUCGACGACAAGUCCGCUCUGGCCGGCGGCAACAGGAGUGAAGGCAAUUUCAAAGAUGCAUGGAGGGGCGCGGACGAGAGCCUCGCGAACCACUCCCUGGGAGUGCGGGCGGACCGCGUGCUGGAAGGGUCUCCGGCGAAGGUAGGUGGCGUCGAUAAUCACGACAGUGUCGUCGUUGUCUCGUCAGUGUCGCCAAACUCUGUCUCGGCGUCAAGGAACGGCAUCACUCACGCGUCUCCGCUACCCAUCACGACCAGCCCAGGGAGGUACAACGCAUCAUCGAACCAGGCAGUGGCGAAACCGGGCCUGGGGGCACCGGUUCCGGUGUAUGUGCCGAAUGCAAACGAGAACAGCGCAGACAACCCAAACGCAAGUUCAACGCCACAACUAAGUGGCGUGCCGUCUGCUUCCGAAUCCAGCGCCGACGAGAACGCGCCCACUGAGUCACAUCAUGACUUUGAGUCGUCAGCGCAGACGCCAUCUGACGGAUCGACGCCGCAGUCAACGACAGUGUCGACGUCCACCACCACGACGACAACGAAGGACCCGUCGGGCACUAAGCGACCGAAGAAGCACGGCGACGGCGACUCGAAGAACACCUUCAAUACCGAUGCGGGGAUUGUGGACUCCGUCGAGUCCAUCGUGACACGUGCGUUUACUUCUGUGAAGGCCUUCAGCAUUGGCGCCUUUCAGUCUUCUGUAGCCUACGCCAGGGCAAACCCGGUGCGUGCGGGGCUCGUUCUGCUGUGCCUCACCGUACUCAUGUUUCUUAUCUCCACAUGCUGCCGCGGGUGGAGGCGGCCGGUGUAUGUGGUGGGGAUCGAUCCGGCAGAGCUGCAAUCCCUCAACUCUGCAAACCGGUUCGACCGCUACGGCAGCACCGACACCGGCACUGUGGCUGUGCGGUAA